CGCCGUGCGCGGACCCGCAGCCCCCGCCGGCCCGGCCGGGUCGGGCGGCCCAGGGCCCCACCUUCCUAUUUCUCCCCGGCCACAGCCCGCCCAUCACAGUUGAGCAGCUGUUUGCCUGAAGUUAAUUUCCAGAGGCAGGAGUCCCCAGGGCUGGCCAGGGAAUGAACCGCGAGGGGGCUCCCGGGAAGAGUCCGGAGGAGAUGUACAUUCAGCAGAAGGUCCGCGUGCUGCUCAUGCUGAGGAAGAUGGGAUCAAAUCUGACGGCCAGUGAGGAGGAGUUCCUGCGCACCUAUGCGGGGGUAGUCAACAGCCAGCUCAGCCAGCUCCCCCAGCACUCCAUCGACCAGGGUGCCGAGGAUGUGGUGAUGGCGUUCUCCAGGUCGGAGACGGAGGACCGGAGGCAGUAGCGGUGAACCCCCUGGAACACCCUGGAAGCUGGCAAGGGCCAAGAGAUCUGUGAGGACCUCGGCCAGCUGAGUGGCAGCAGAGCACCUUCCCGAUUCCCCCCCCCCCCCACCCCCACCCCGCCCCACCCCGCCGUCACUCAGCAGGGCUGGCCUCGAGGGAGUCACCGGUGGUGCAAUUACAAUUGGCUUAAGGGGACGGACUCAUGAUUGGCUGCAGAAAGAAACCCUUUUAUUUUUAAAUCUUGACCAACAGAAACCUUUUAUUUUUAUUUCUGACUUUUUCUUUCUUUUUUUUUUUUUAAUUUGCGCCUCGGUAUGUGGCUUCCCAGGAAGCUCUCCGAGAUCUGGUGCUUUAUUUAGGUCACUUUUUAGGAAUGUGAAGAGGCCCGAUUGGCUGCUUAAACUGGAAAAGGAUUUUGAUUGGCCGGCUAGUGGGAAACGGUUUUUUCUUUGAUUGGCUGCAGGUGUUCUGCUGAUAGCAACAGCUUCUCUCUUUUGAAUGCUGAAAACAGGGUUCGGGACAUUGGUUGUUAUAUCUGACUUGAAAAGAAAAAAAGAAAAGAAAGAAAGAAACCAAGUGCGCUUUGCAAUAUUUAUUACACAAAGAGCUUGCUGCUGCUUUCCCGU